UCCCGCGGGGGAACCUGAAACUCUCACAUUCCUGGCAUAGCAGCCGCCUCCGAGCGCGCUCCGAGCCUGGGGCUGCGCGCCGGGGCCCCGGCCGCCGCCAGAUCGUCGGCGCCACCGGUGCUCUGGUGCCAGGUGCGUGCUCAUCACUAUCUAGGCAGUUUUGUGUGAGCAGAAGAAGCAUGAGGACGUUGGAGGACUCCUCAGGGACGGUCCUGCACCGCCUCAUCCAGGAGCAGCUGCGCUAUGGCAACCUGACUGAGACCCGCACGCUGCUGGCCAUUCAGCAGCAGGCCCUGAGGGGUGGGGCUGGAGCUGGUGGCACGGGGAGCCCCCAGGCCUCCGUAGAGAUCUUGGCACCCGAGGACAACCAGGGACUUCAGCAGGCCACCAGGCAGGAGCCACAAGGGCAGGAGCACCAGGGUACUGAGCCCCACCUGGCAGAGAAUACCCUCUACCGGCUGUGCCCGCAGCCCAGCAAGGGUGAGGAGCUGCCCACCUAUGAAGAAGCCAAAGCCCACUCGCAGUACUACGCAGCCCAGCAGGCUGGGCCCCGGCCACAUGUUGGGGACCGGGAUCCUCGAGGUGCCCCCGGAGGUAGCCGGAGGCAAGAUGAGGCCCUGCGGGACCUGAGGCACGGCCACGUGCGCUCCCUGAGCGAAAGGCUCCUGCAGCUGUCUCUGGAAAGGAAUGGCGCCCGGGCUCCCAGCCACAUGAGUUCCUCCCACAGCCUCCCGCAGCUGGCCCGCAGCCAGCAGGGCCCUCCCCUCCGGGGUCCCCCCGCAGAAGGCCCAGAGCCCCGCGGGCCUCCACCUCAAUACCCACACAUUGUAGUCGCUCAAGAAACCACUGCGGUCACGGACCCAAGAUACCGAACUCGAGGCAGCCCGCACUUCCAGCAUGCAGAAGUCAGGAUCCUGCAGGCCCAGGUGCCUCCUGUGUUCCUGCAGCAGCAGCAGUACCAGUAUCUGCAGCAGCCCCAGGAGCACCCCCCACCCCCGCACCCAGCCACCCUUGGCCACGGCCCCUUGGGCUCCCUCAGUCCACCUGCAGUGGAGGGGCCUGCAAAUCCCCAGGCCACCCCGGCCACCCCGGGCAAUGCCCACCUGGCCCAGAUGGAGACUUUUCUGAGGGAGAAUGCCAGGCUGCAGCGGGACAACGAGAGGCUGCAGAGGGAGCUGGAGAGCUCUGCGGAGAAGGCAGGCCGCAUUGAGAAGCUGGAGAAUGAAAUCCAGCGGCUGUCCGAGGCCCACGAGAGCCUGACACGGGCCUCCUCCAAACGUGAGGCCCUGGAGAAGACCAUGCGGAAUAAGAUGGACAGUGAAAUGAGAAGGCUGCAGGACUUCAACCGUGAUCUUAGAGAGAGAUUAGAAUCUGCAAACCGCCAUUUGGCAAGCAAGACCCAGGAGGCCCAGGCGGGCAGUCAGGACAUGGUGACCAAGCUGCUUGCUCAGAGCUACGAGCAGCAGCAGGAACAGGAGAAGCUGGAGCGGGAGAUCGCACUGCUGCGUGGCGCCAUCGAGGACCAGCGGCGGCGUGCGGAGCUGUUGGAGCAGGCCUUGGGCAACGCUCAGGGCCGAGCUGCCCGAGCCGAGGAAGAGCUGCGGAAGAAACAGGCCUAUGUAGAGAAGGUGGAGAGGCUGCAGCAGGCCCUUGGGCAGCUGCAGGCCGCCUGCGAGAAGCGGGAGCAGCUGGAACUGCGGCUGCGGACACGCCUGGAGCAGGAACUCAAGGCGCUGCGUGCACAGCAGAGGCAGACAGGUACCUCGAGCAGUGGCGCCAGCCACGGUGGGUCCCAAGAGCUCAGCGCCCUGCGACUCUCAGAACAGCUGAGGGAGAAGGAGGAGCAGAUCCUGGCCCUGGAGGCUGACAUGACCAAAUGGGAGCAGAAGUAUUUGGAGGAGCGGGCCAUGAGGCAGUUUGCCAUGGACGCAGCUGCCACUGCGGCCGCCCAGCGGGACACCACGCUUAUCCGACACUCUCCUCAGCCCUCGCCCAGCAGCAGCUUCAACGAGGGUCUGCUCGCGGGGGGCCACAGGCACCAGGAGAUGGAAAGCAGGUUGAAGGUUCUCCACGCCCAGAUCUUAGAGAAGGACGCAGUGAUCAAAGUCCUCCAGCAACGCUCCAGGAAAGACCCUGGCAAGACCAUCCAAGGGUCCCUGCGGCCCGCCAAGUCGGUGCCUUCUAUCUUCGCAGCAGCUGCAGGAACCCAGGGCUGGCAAGGACCACCGGCAACCAGUGAGCGCCAGGCGGAUGCUCCUGCCCAGCUGACAGGAGACAGAGCGCCCGUCGAGGAACCAGUAGCCCCAGCUCCCCCUACCACUCACGCCAAACACGGGAGCCGAGAUGGGAGCACCCAGACUGAUGGCCUGCCAGAGAGCACCCCUGCCUGCCUGGCUUCAGAACCCAGCAGCUUCCUGGCGUGCGGCAGUGGCCAAAGGGCAGCCUCUCUAGACUCCGUAGCCUCAUCCCGCGUCCAGGACCUGUCAGACAUGGUGGAGAUACUGAUCUGAAGGAAGGAGAGGGGUUUCUUGAGGACCCCGAAUCGUGCUCUCAUCACCGCCAUCCUCCACCAUUCCAGCUGCCCCUCCCAAACGCUGGGCCCUUCCAUUUUUCCUCAGCCACUGACUAUCUGUUGCUGGGAGCUCGGGGAGGGAGAGGAGUGUUG